AUGGCUGGUGUUAUUCAGCUUGGCGACGCAAUCAAGUUUGCUGAGCUUGCCUGGAUCGUCUGGGAAUAUGGAUGGGCAAGAGAGCACAACGCAGGUGAAAACUAUCGCGAUUUUGGCUCCGAUGUCCUCAUACUUCACAAAAGCCUAGCGGAGCUUGAGAAAGCCGUCAGCAGAGCUCAGGAGUCGCUCCGUAAUCUUGGGGCAGGGGACACUGACAGCCUAGGUGGUGACCGGGAGAGCCUAUUGCAAAUCGUUGGAGAUUACAAUGCCACUUUGAACGAAUGCCAUCAGCUCCUCAGGGACAAUAGACGUUACGCCGAGACAACGGGUCCUAUCAGAAACAUUGAUUGGAACCUCAACAUUAUGCCUCAGGUGGAACAUCUGAGAAGUCGGAUCCAGAUGCACACAUCUCGCAUCCAGCAUGUUCUGAAGCCCUUCCAGAUCGACCUGGUCACCAACAUCCACAAAGACUUGACUCGGAGGUUCCGGGCCAUGCACAAGGAUGUACGAGAGAUCAAGUGGACCAUGAAUUCUUUACUCAGACUCCAAAAUCCCGACCUCGCAAGCAAAACCGAGCAAGAACCUAAGAGAGAGCUUUUCUUUGUCGAAAUAUCAGACUCGUUGUUGCCCAGGAUGAAGGAGCUUGAUGAGCUGCGGAACCCGCGGUGGACGUCACAUUGGCCUGGGUAUAUCAGAAGUCUUGAGGAAGAGUUGUCCGAAGAGUACUCCCGGGUUCGGAGUCAAAUAAUCGUCCCUAGCACUUCCAUUUACAAAGAUGGGAUGCUCGCCUUUUGGCCAGAAGACGAAUCCCGGACGACGGUGGCACCGAUAGCGCCGGUGGUGGGAUAUGCCUGUUUGUUUCAAGGAAUUCUCGAGACGUUCGAGUCAAACACCCUACCACCAAGAAAGGAUUUCAAGGUGCUUGACUUUGACCUCCGCUCCGCUGUCCUCAUUCCAUUGUAUGCCGACCCAAUGGACCGCAGCAUGGCAACUCGGUCACUGGAGAUCAUAAUCGAAGCGAAUAAAUCACCGCACCACUACGUCUUCCUUUGUUUGCAAGAUGUUCUGGCAUUCCAAGCGGCUAUAACAGGUUUCAAGGUUGUGGACGGCUACAUGGAACCUCGUGCAAUAGCAAAGUUCAUCAUACGUGGCAAAGAACCCUUCGAGAACGUAACUAUACAACUGUGGAUACCGAGAGGGUGGACAGAUACUGAUGACUCGGCGACGAAUACACCAGCCGACGGCCCGAUAGGUCGGACCUCUGGCUAUAGUUCGUCUACGCCGUCACUUGUGGGGUGGAAUUGGAAUCGUUAUGGCCCAAAUCCCGUGCCAGAGAUAUCGCAUACUAUGCCCAUCCCUCGCGUUCGAACCUCUCCUCUGACAAAUGGUUCACCUAAUACGGCCCAUUCCCCCACAGGGGCAACCAUAACCACACCUGAUCGAUCUCCCCAGUCAGAACAUCAAAGCCGCUCCUACAGCAUUUCUUCAUAUCGGUCUACCACCACAAACUCCUCUAGUAUGAGCCACAGCAGCCUAGGCUCUGAACACAAUGUCACCGUUAGGCUAGAGGGUAGUAGCAUUAGCACGAGCUACGGCACAAUCCGUACACCUCCUCGCAGCCCGCUUCUGGUACUGUUCACUAGGCCUAAAGACCCUGAGUCCAGGCGGUCCAUCGUGGCCAUCACGCUCGACAAGUGGACGAAGCCUCAAAUGCAUCGAUGCAAAUGUCUACAGUCACCGGAAUGCCCUAUCACGGCUCUGGAGACCAGCAGCGGCGGGCCGAUAGACGCCCGGAGGUUCGACGGCGACAAGUGGGACCUUCUACAGCUCGUGGCGUCGCGAGGCGGCGAGGAGGUUAGACCUGUUCGCGUCAGCAUCUGGUUCCCCGCCCCGGAUCUGCGAAAGAAGUUUGGUGGCGGGCCUUGUCAGUGUUCCAAGGAGACAGAGGGCGAGCUCGAGGCUUGCCACCUGCAAGGGCACCAGGGUCUCUUGGGGGUGGUGAGGGAUUUCCACCGGAGGCUGCUGAUACAAUAUUACCAGCAGACUGACAACCGGGUGGACGUGGUGAAUCGUCCCCCACGUGGGUGA